AAAACUACCUAAAAAUUUUCAUAACAAUAUUGGGAAAUUUAAUCAUUGGGAUCUUUAGACAUACUACACAGCAUAUGUUUGGCGUGUCAAAAUAUCGGUAUUGAAGUUUCUACAAGCGCUCGUUUUCUCCAACAUCUACGAACUUGAGCAUCAUGGACGUACUGCUAAGGUCAUGAGACUAUUGUUUGAUGCAAUUAUUGAUCGCCAGAUGGAAGUUCGAGCCGAAGCUUCUCGAGCUAUGCUGACUCUUUUGCUAUGCAAAUACAUUAAGAAGUAUUUAAAUGAUAUGAUGAAGAACAAGAACAUGUCUACAUUACACGGUGCUAUAUUAGGAAUGGGCGCUGUUGUUAGAGCAUUUCCAUUUACGACCCCACCUGACAUUAAGCCAUUAUUAAAAUCUCUCUGUGGUAUAACCAGUCACAAUGCAGAGCUUCAAAAAGCCGCCACUACUGCUAUCCGAGAAUUUCGACGUACUCAUCGCGAAAACUGGGAGGAGACAGCAAAAAUACUUGGCUCUGAAUUAGUAUACAAAAUUGAGAAUGCGACUGCACCUAUCUACUAUGCGUAA